CUAGCGCUCCUGAACGGAGGAGUUUUGAGCAGGGGGCGGGGGCGCUUCCUUUCAAAUCGAAGGGACUUCUCUGGAGUCGGAAAAAAGUAGCUCAUUUCCAACUGGACUUCCGCUCAGUAACUGGCUGUAAACCACGCUAUGAAUAAUAAAGACUCAGGUGUUGAAGUUUAUAAAAUAUCAUUUAUAUUUCCAAAUCAAGAUAAGUAUGACGGUGAAUGUACAAGAACAACUGAUGGAAGUCUUGAAAGAAAUGGACAUGGAGAGCAUACUACUCCCAAUGGAAUUAUAUACAGAGGAAACUGGAAGAAUGAUAAGAUGAAUGGUUUAGGAAGGCUGGAACAUCCGUCAGGUGCAGUUUAUGAAGGUGAAUUCAAAGACAACAUGUUUCAUGGAACAGGAACCUACAUAUUUCCUAAUGGAGCAAAAUACACCGGUCAAUUCAAUGAAAACAAGUUGGAAGGGAAGGGAGAAUUUACAGACACACAAGGCCUGGAAUGGGAUGGUCGAUUUCAUUACACAGCAGCCCCGGGACUGAAGCUCAAGUUAGAAAUGUAGGAUAUUUUAUACAGGAAAAAAAAGACAUGGAAUUAUUGUUCUACUUAGUCCGAGCUUUUCUAUGACAAAUAAUUUCUUAAUAACUAUUGUUGUUUUAAUGAAGUUUCCAUGUAAACUAAGCACAGGGUCAUUUUUAAUUUGAGGUUCAGAAUGUUACAUGUUGUUGAAUGUCAGAAUGUUGUUUCAACAUACAAAGUUGCAAUAUGUUAAUUCUAAAAAUAUAUGCAAAAAGAAGCUUGACUUGCUGUUACAGUAAUUGAAAACAUUUGUGAUCAAUACUGACAACUAACAUGUAGAAGGAAAGCAAGUAUGGACAUAAAGGUAGAAUGUAAUUGAACCGAUAAAUGAUAUUUUAAUCAUCUUCCUACUUGUGGGUCCAUCAUCUACUUAAUAAUA